AUGCACGGGUGUGACGCUGCUGCGCGCGAGCCCAGACGGCCGGGGCCCAUGCUAAGUCCACGGCCCACGCAGUGCUACCAGCGCGCCCGUGAGUGCUCCCACCGCGCCACACACGCGAGCCCCAAUCCCAGCCUCUCUCGCCUGAGUGCAAAGCGACGCCAACACACACACACACACACACACACACGUGACCAGACGCCCUGGCGACCGAUUUUCGGACCGUUUCGCGCGGGGCGGCAACCCGUUUCGCAACCCGUUUUGGCGACGGGGCAGACCCGAACGCAACCGAGAAAAAAAACGCGCGCGCGCGCGAGACCCGUACACAGCGAUGCACACACGUGCGCACAGGGCUGCUGGACUUUUAUAUCCGGCGGCGAUCUCCGGGGCUGGUUGGUGUCGGACCUGGCACGUGCACAGUCAUGUGACGGCGGGGGCGUGCGUUUGUGCCACCGUGCUGGAGCGUCGCCCGCGGUGCUUGAAAGCACAGUAGAGCCCUCCGUCACGCCCGGGCCCCGGGCUACACGCUUGGCCGUGGAAAAAGGUAGAUGUGCCAGUUGA